GCAACGACUCCAUGUAACCCCCACUGAAUAAGACGCUUGACUUGCCUACCUCGGUCUGCUCGGUCAAACAGGCUAUGGCCUCGGAACUAGACCCAUUGCAAGUUGCCUACUUUACUCGGAGACGUCUCCGUCUUCGUCGUAUUUUUCACCUUCUCCUCCCAUUUCCUCCCAAAGCUUCUCUUCCCUCAUUCGAAAGUGCCCAAGUUAUAGGCAGGAGCAAUUGAGUGCACUUGAAUUUACCGCCCAACAUGUCGGCCAGGAUCCCAGAUAUUGUGCUACCCCGUGUGAGCGAGAGAGCGAGGAAGACAUUGGAUAUCGUCGCGAAGUUUGUCGAGGAGGAAUGCAUACCAGCAGACCCCGUCCUCGAAGCCCAGAUCGGCGAAGGCUCUGCACGAUGGGACCAUUACCCCGCUAUCAUCGAAGAGUUGAAGGCGAAAGCGAAAAAGCUGGGAUUGUGGAACAUGUUCCUCCCUAAGGGCCACUAUAAGGAGUCGCCGGGCUUCAGCAACUUGGAAUACGGCCUGAUGGCCGAGUGGCUGGGCAGGUCGCGGACGGCGUCCGAAGCUACCAACUGCGCCGCCCCGGACACUGGCAAUAUGGAAGUUCUCGCCAAAUACGGCAAUGAGGCCCAGAAGGCCCAAUGGCUGAAGCCCUUGAUGGACGGUGAGAUCAGGUCGGCCUUCCUCAUGACCGAGCCAGAGAUCGCGUCGUCGGACGCGACAAACAUCCAGCUCCGCAUCACCAGGGAUGGCGACGAAUAUGUCCUGAACGGAUCGAAAUGGUGGUCUAGUGGUGCCGGUGACCCUCGAUGCAAGAUCUACGUCGUCAUGGGCAAGACGGAUCCCGACAAUAAGGACCCCUACAAGCAGCAGUCCGUCGUCCUGGUGCCGGCGAACGCCAAGGGCAUCACGAUCCACCGUAUGCUAAGCGUGUAUGGGUACGACGACGCGCCGCACGGACACGGCCACCUAUUGUUCAAGGACGUCCGAGUGCCGGUGGGCAACCUUGUCCUGGGCGAAGGCCGGGGCUUCGAGAUCAUCCAGGGGCGGCUGGGGCCGGGGCGGAUCCACCACGCGAUGCGGUCGAUCGGCGCGGCGGAGCGGGCGCUCGAAUGGAUGCUGAUGCGGAUCAACGACCCGCGCAAGACGACGUUCGGCAAGCAGCUGAGCGAGCACGGCGUGAUCCUCGAGUGGGUGGCGAAGUCGCGGAUCGAGAUCGACGCGGCGCGGCUCAUCGUGCUCAACGCGGCGGUGCGGAUGGACGACCUGGGGCCGAAGGCGAGCCUGCGGGAGAUCGCGCAAGCCAAAGUGCUCGUGCCGCAGACCGCGCUCGCCGUCAUCGACCGGGCCGUGCAGGCCUUCGGCGGCGCCGGCGUCAGCCAGGACACGCCGCUGGCCGGCAUGUGGACGCAGAUCCGCACGCUGCGCCUCGCCGACGGGCCCGACGAGGUCCACCUCCAGCAGAUGGGCCGCAACGAGAACCGCGCCGGCAAGGAGGUCACGCGCAAGAUCCAGGCCCAGAAGGACAAGACGCAGCAGCUGCUCCGCCAGCACAACGUCAAGCUCUUCGAGCCCGGGAGUAACAUCAAGCCGAGGCUGUGAAAGCGAGGCUUCGAUCACCCACAUAUAUACAUAUACACAUACAUACCUGCAUGUACAUGUAGCUAGGAUACGACAUUGUUUUACGGUAUCAAUUGCGAUAUUACCUCGAACGAGAGGGAAAUAAAUUGGAUAUUGGGGUGAGAACGCGGGCCGAGACGCAACUCGUGUGAAAUUUGCAUUCUGAUGACUGCUCGAUAACCGUCCAUACCUUGUUGAUCUCUCUACUAGCUUGCAAGCCCGUCAGACCACGAAGCCGAAAUUGCGGGUGAGCGU